GGUAUUAAAUGUUUACAAGAUUUGAAACUUUAAUUCACUGUUUGAGAGAAAUUACAACAAAAACGGAUUGAAAUCAAGUUUUUGUUAUAAUAUAAUCGUUUGUUUUAUAUGUUGUAAACAUAAUUAAGUGUUAAUACAAAUUAUAUGUCAUAGAAAUGAUGUCAUCGACGAUCAGUCGCUCAUUAAAUAUAGUGAAACACAGCAAUCGAUGCAUACAAUUGUCGUGUAUAUCACACAAUGCGCUCAAUAUUAACCUCAAACACAAUCAUCUGUUAAUCAAAAGCCAUUUACCGGUCGUUCAGCGCAUCGCUAACCGAUAUCUGUGUUCAAACACGUGGUCACCGGUUGUCGACUCACUGCAGGACAAGCGGUCAGUACUCACUGACGACACCUUUCAACGCGCUACAUCGGAAGACAGCGUACAAGUGGUGAACGAAAUGACGGCUAAUAUGACGGCCGACACGACCCGAACCAAAGGCCACAACACCGCCGACUCGGAGGCCGUCAAACAGUUCUGGAAACGACACGACAUCGGAGUCCACGGACGCGACGCUCCGCUACCCAUACUUGACAUGAAUGGCUACGACUGGCCGCCAGAGAUCAGACAGGCUCUGGAGGCGGACGGCUUCGCGGAGCCCACGCCCAUCCAGUGUCAGGGCUGGCCAGUGGUGCUCUCGGGUCGCGAUAUGGUCGGAGUGGCGCAGACCGGCUCCGGGAAGACCCUGUGCUAUGUGUUGCCGGCGUUCGUCAAGUUGGCCACCGAUGGCACCCAACGCGGACCCAAGUGUCUGGUUCUGGCGCCCACUCGCGAGUUGGCCCAACAGAUCCAGUCGGUGGUGCGGAGGUAUAAGUUCGCGAACAGCGUGUGUCUCUAUGGCGGCGCGUCUCGCAUACCGCAGAUGCAGGCGCUCCGCACUUAUAACCCGCAGAUAGUGAUCGCAACGCCCGGCCGUCUCAACGACUUCGUGGAGAGCUCUGCCAUCGACCUGAAGACAGUCGACUAUCUGGUUCUGGACGAAGCGGACCGUAUGCUUGACAUGGGUUUUGAGCCGCAGAUCCGCAGCAUUAUUGACGAAAUACCGGCCGAACGCCAGACAGUGAUGUGGUCCGCGACGUGGCCUCAAGAGGUGAAGUCAUUGGCCGCCCAUUACAUGAAAGACUACAUUCAGAUCAAUGUCGGCGGCAGUGAUCUGACGGCC